AUGACCGCACCCAUUAGGAUAGGCCGCGAAGUUUCGCGCGUCGACGCAAACGAGAAACACAACUCGGACGUUUACCCCGAGCUCAAAGAGCUGUUGAUGCGUAACCAGCGUUGGGCAAAGCACACAAAUGCGAGGGACCCAUCCUUCUUCCCCCGCCAUUAUCCCGGCCAACGCCCAGAAGUCCUCUGGAUCGGAUGUUCCGACGCGCGUGUCCCCGAGACGAUGAUUAUGGGUUCGCAGCCGGGCGACAUCUUCGUCCACCGAGGCAUUGCAAACCUGUACACCCCCAACGACGACAGCUUGAACGCCGUCCUCAUGAUUGCCCUCAUCAACUUCAAGGUCAAGCACAUCAUUGUUGGGGGCCACUCCAACUGCGUCGGAUGCCAGACGGCACUGCGCGCUUCCCUCCUCCCACCCGUUCCCGAAACACAAGCGAUCCAACGCUACCUCAAGCCGUUAACCCAGCUUGCGCGCCUCAUGGCAACCGAGGAGGGCCCGCCCUCCCUCGACCUGCUUGUUGAAGAGAAUGUCGCGCAGCAGGUCACCAACCUCCUCGCGUCGCAGGUUGUGCAGGACGACUGGAAGCGGCGUGGACAGUUUGGCGUCACCGUCCACGGGUGGGUGUACCAGCUUGAGAAUGGGAUUGUGCGCGACCUCGGCGUCAGCCAGGGCCCGCCGACCGCCAAGCCGGGCGGUAGGCGGAUGGGCGUUCGGUUCUUCUAG